CCCGAACAAUUGGACAUGUUAGCAGAAACUCUUUUACGAGAAUACAGAACGAAGGAAUACUGGUCAUAUAUGGAAGGCAGUGUAGAAUUAGUACAAAAAAUACGUGAUGCUGACAAAUUUGUUGGUAUUAUAUCAAAUUUUGAUCCCAGUUUAUCGACAGUACUUCGGGAAAUGGAAAUUGAACAUUUAUUCGACUUUAUUUUGACUUCUUAUGAAGCUGGAGCACAAAAGCCAGACGCAAAAAUUUUUUCCAUACCAUUGGAACGUUGUAAUAUUAAGCCAAAUGAAGCUCUGCAUAUAGGCAAUAUGUAUGAAAUAGAUUAUGUUGGCGCUAAGAACUCCGGAUGGUCAAGUCUAUUAAUAAGUCAAGAUAGCAAUAAAUACGAGAAUGUGGAAGUCAUGCAUGUUUAUGCAAGCAUUAAAGAUGUGAUAAAUGCGUUAGAAAAUAAAGAUAUCAAAUGGUAGCACUUUAUUGUGUUACCUUUUUCAGCUUUUGUGCUUAUAACGUGAUAACAGAGAAUUUAAAUUAGAUAAAAUUGUAAAUAAAUUGUUUUAUGUAUAUA